CGGACGCUGUGGGCUCAGUGGCCGCGGUAGGGCGCCGGCGACCGCCGCCUCGGGGGCCGCGCCUCCUUCGCGUCCGUCCGACGCCCGCUCCUCCGCGUCCGCACCGACCGCGCCGGGCGCAGGCGCAGACCCCAGACCCGAAGCGGAGGCUCCCGGGCUGUCGCGGUGACCCCGCCCCCGGGCCCAGGAUGUGAGGCCGGCCCGGUGUCCCCGCGGCGGGCCGGGGCGGCUAGGGGCCCGCGGGCGCCAUGGAGGGCGUGCUGUACAAGUGGACCAACUACCUGAGCGGUUGGCAGCCUCGAUGGUUCCUUCUCUGUGGGGGAAUACUAUCCUAUUACGAUUCUCCUGAAGAUGCCUGGAAGGGUUGCAAAGGGAGCAUACAGAUGGCAGUCUGUGAGAUUCAAGUUCAUUCUGUGGAUAACACUCGCAUGGACCUGAUCAUCCCUGGGGAACAGUAUUUCUACUUAAAAGCCAGAAGUGUAGCAGAGAGACAGCGGUGGCUAGUGGCCCUGGGGUCUGCCAAGGCCUGCCUGACAGAUAGUAGGACCCAGAAGGAAAAAGAAUUUGCAGAAAACACUGAAAACUUGAAAACCAAAAUGUCGGAACUAAGGUUGUACUGUGACCUCCUUGUUCAGCAAGUAGAUAAAACAAAAGAAAUGGCCACAGCUGGUAUUGCUGACUCCGAGGAGGGACUCGAUGUGGGGACUCUGCUGAAAUCAACCUGCAACACUUUCCUGAAGACCUUAGAGGAGUGCAUGCAGAUCGCAAAUGCAGCCUUCACCUCUGAGCUGCUCUACCAUACACCCCCAGGCUCCCCUCAGCUAGCGGUGCUUAAGGCCAACAAGAUGAAACAUCCUAUCAUACCAAUUCAUAAUUCAUUGGAAAGGCCUAUGGAGUUGAACAGCUGUGAAAAUGGAUCUCCAAAUAUGGAAGUAAAUGGUGAUGAAGAGAUCCUAACGAAAACCAAGAGUUCCUUGUAUUUGAAGUCCACGGAGGUAGAUUGCAACAUGUCCAGUGAAGAAAACACAGAUGAUAAUGUGACAGUUCAAGGUGAGAUAAUGAAGGAAGAUGGAGAGAAAAACCUUGGGAACCAUACCAGUGAUCUGUCACAGCCUGUAUCAGACUCCAUUUGCUCACCAGAAUCUGCCUGGGAAGACAGCGAAGAAGUUAUUCCAACUUUCUUUAGUACUAUGAACACCAGCUUUAGUGACAUUGAACUUCUGGAAGACAGUGGCAUUCCCACAGAAGCUUUCUUGGCAUCUUGUUAUGCAGUGGUUCCAGUAUUAGACAAACUUGGUCCUACAGUGUUUGCUCCUGUUAAGAUGGAUCUUGUCGGAAAUAUUAAGAAGGUAAAUCAGAAGUACAUAACAAACAAGGAAGAAUUUACCACCCUCCAGAAGAUAGUGCUGCAUGAGGUGGAGGCGGAUGUAGCUCAGGUUAGGAACUCAGCAACGGAAGCCCUCUUGUGGCUGAAGAGAGGUCUCAAAUUUCUGAAGGGAUUUUUGACAGAAGUGAAGAAUGGGGAAAAGGAUAUCCAGACAGCACUGACACUUGUGACUUCCAUCGUGCAGGUGGAACACCCACCAUCAAGAUCAAGGUGCGGGCAUGAGGAACAGCCACUUCCUCUGACCUUGCCAGAUAACGCAUACGGCAAAACAUUACGGCAACACCAUGGCUGGGUAGUUCGAGGGGUUUUUGCGUUGGCACUGAGGGCAGCACCAUCCUAUGAAGAUUUCGUGGCUGCGCUAACCAUAAAAGAAGGCGACCACCAGAAAGAAGCUUUCAGUGCGGGGAUGCAGAGAGACCUCAGCCUUUACCUCCCUGCUAUGGAAAAGCAGCUGGCCAUACUGGACACUUUAUAUGAGAUCCACGGGCUGGAAUCCGAUGAGGUGGUGUGACAGCUACAGGACAGCACCUCCUAACUUCAGGGAAUAAAAUUUGCUAAAGUGUUUUGUUGCCCUAGUUAAUUCCCAGCAACAGCUGUGACACUCUCCAACUCCUUUCCUUGGGGAGACGGACAUGAGGGAGAGAAACAGUGCUUUUAUAGAGUUGUUUUAAUGCAUAUGUGUUCCACGUGUUCAAAAUCAAGGUGCUAAACAUUUCAGCAGGCCUACUGGAAACCAAAUCAUAGCUGUCACAGACUUGAAUAGCAAGUAGUAAGAGCAAAAUUGACAAAUGAAUUUGUUGGGACACAUUUUGUAUUGUUUUGUUUCAGUUACUAGUUUUAAUGUGCCACCCAAGCAGUAUGCAAGACUGUAAUACAAAGCCAGUGUUUAUGUAGCUUAGAGGUUGACUGAGCAUCGGCAUUUUGGUAAGCCCCUUUGUUGACAGCCUUGCCCUUUUAAGAGUUUGUUAUUCCUGGGCUUUCUGAGUGGAUCCCUUCUCUGUGGCUCCACUGACAAGAAGGGCUGUGUGGCGAGGACUUCUGGGCAGUUGUGGGAAAACAUGGACAAGAACUGCCAUGCCUAUUGUCAAGUGGGACAGUGCUCAAGUAGAUGACCUCACCCCAAGCUUGAGAACAGAACAGAACAGAAAUGUGGGGUAAGUCAUUUGGGUGACACAUGCCACUGUUUGCUAAUACAUUUCCUGUGUGUUAUCUGAAUUGGACAUCAUAACAAAACAGUGACGUUAAAGAGGAUAUUUAUCCGACUUCAGAAGUAAGUUUAGAAUAGGAAGGACUGCUCAAAUUCUUGGAGUAUCUUGCUUCUCAUGAUUUUAUUUUUUAAUUAAUUAAUUAAUUUUUUGCCUAGCUUCAUGAACGCUCUUCAGCAAAAAGAGCCCAGUAGCUUCCAAAUGCAAUCUAGGUCACUCCUAAAGUUACAUGAUGUGCUGUUUCAAAGAACAGUCCUAGAACUUACCUGAAGAACUCAGCUCUGGAGGUGAAACAGGAAUGUGCCUGUUGAUAACCUUCCCAGGUGGCACUCAAGUACACAAGGUUGAAAAGCCACCCAAUUGAAUUUUAGUUUACAAAAUUCCCAGCCUCUGCAAAAACCAAAAGAAACACCCCCUCCCUGGAGGAAGGGGCCGUCAUUCAAGUAAAAUAAUUAAAUGGCGAGGGACUAGGCCAGCAGCUUGUUUAACAUUGCUUGUGGCAUUCUUCUAUAAAGAGUGACAAGGUGUCCUUGUCUCUCAGUAAUGGACCAAGCUGCCUGUGUGUUUAUAGGGAAGAAGCCAUGCGUGGCUUCCCCUGUAGAGGCUACUUCCUCCUUCCAACAAGAUGGCUCCUCCCAGCAUGAGCAGUCCCCCGAGGAAAGUGAGCACUUUGCCAGGUACAGGUGAGGGAGCGGCUGUGCACAUAGCUUUCGCGCUGCACGACUAGGGCUCUGCAGAGAAUCCUGUGCAGGGAAAGGUACCGAGUCUGUCCUCUGUCUGCCUUUAAUUAAGUGGGCACUUGCAUUAGUGAGGCAGUUGAGCUGGCCUCAGUGAUGCGUGUAGUCCCAGCUACUCAGAAGUAGGAGGCCAAAGUAUUACUUGAGCCCAGGACCUGGAGGGUAACCUGGGCAACAUAGCAAGACCUUGCCUCUUAAAAAUACUUUUAAAAUUAUUUUAAGUGAAGCAAGCCUUUUGCCUACAUGAGAAGUUACAGAGAUUAAAUUUAGGACGGGGUUGAUGGCCCUGUAAAGGGGCUGUAAUGCUGACCGACAGUAUGCUACUUUGCUCUUGCAAGGAACUCAUAUGAUUCCACUUCCCUGGCUAACGGAAAGGGAGAAUGGGGCAUAAUUUAAACCUCAUGCCCUUGACAUAACCUCUUAAGGCAGAAAAAGAAAAGUAGCCAAUCUGCUUGUCUCGGAGGGCAAGUGCGUUGAGCCAUGUGCCAUCAGUGGGCUGUGCCCCCAGGAAAUUGAUGUGAGUCGUGGCUGUGCUGAGCAGCUGCAAGUGCCUCUGUGGUCUCUAAAGCCCAGGGGUGGGUCUGCACUAAGGCCCUGUGUGCACACGAAAAGAAAGCUGCCUUGGAGGGCAGUCUGAGUUUGUAGGUUCAUUUCACCUGGACUAGUAGUUGUUGAUUUCUCAUUUUAGUUAAAGCCAUAAUUUUUUCUGAUUUUUAGUUACUUUCUAAGAAAGGGGUAAUGAGGAAAACAUCCUGAAAGUGUUCCUGGAACCCUUCCAAGAGCCCUGGCAUCCCUAAGCCACCCUCACCCUAACAAAGGAAGAACUGGUGUUUUUGUUGACAGACUGCUCACCAUGUCUUCAUUGCUAACAACAGAUUUUGGAUUAUUUUCCUUGCAUAAACUUGAGAAGCUGGAGACUAGGGAAAUGUGUCUUCCAAGACGCCAGCAGAAUUGAAUAAGUAGUGUUGGCUGACCCUAUUCAGACCACUGUUCCACCAUCAUCCCAGUCUGCUUCUCACCUCCACGCCAUGACGCUCUGCUCCACAUGGGUUGGCAUCUGUGUGUGCGCUGACCUGAACAAAGGCUUUUCAACUGUGAAAAGCCAUUUGUCAUCUGAAAACAGAGCUGACUGCAACUGAAAGAGGCUGAAAGAGGCUGACUUGGAGGAAUGCCUUUGAGGGUGGAAACCAACCUGUAACUGAGGCGGAGGUGACACAGCUCUUAGCAGCUCUUGACACGUCCCAGGAGGGGCUCUUAAUAACAAUGCAGUGGCUUGUUACUAUGUCCCAGUCAUUCUGAGCACGGAAGCAUCCCGCAGUGUCGCAUCCCAUCGUGGGGAGCAUCACUGCACCCCCUCUUUCAGCCUUACAGCUUUUCUCUGCUAUUGAACAUUGCUAGCAGUGAGCCCCACCCCACAUCAGCUUGCCACAAUGAUUCCCUCUCUCAGCUCUUGUUUCCCCUUCUUCAGCAGCAGCCCACCUGGGACAGGAUCUGUUCUACCCCUGGGCACACUGCCAGAGCUUCAGGCAGAAGCCAUGUGCACAAGCUGUAAGGUAGGGAAGGCCACAGUCGGAGAGCUGAGCGACAGGGCAAGCACAGACCGGUGGCUUUGAGGACUCCCUGCACAGUGAGCACAUUCAGCUUCCUGUCUGCAGAGUAGCCUUUCUAGGUAAGAGAAGUGUAUCGAUAAAUACAGUGCUCUUGGUUAAAUUUGAAGUGAAGCGAGCUGAUGAAUUUUUUUCUGAAGAAAACUAGUCUAACUGUAAAGGCCAUAGCUAUAGAAAGAUUUUGGACAAAGCAACAGCUAAGUCAGAGGAUUGUGAACAAUACAAGGUAUAAAGCAUUUUGGAAACUUUCUGGAGAAACAGUUUUUAUGUAUUUCCUAUAAAACCACUGUGUCCUACAGGCACAAGGCUAUGCCAUGUUGUAUUCCUGAAUCAUCAGUUCAAACCACUGCUUCUGAUUUAGUAUCAGGUUUACAACAGUUCAAAUCCCCACCCUCAUGAUUCAUGUCGCUACCGGUCAUUUUUAAAUUUGAAGGUUUCUAGACGUAGACUUUCUAAGUAACUGCAGUCUGUGUUGAGCCAUCACUCCAUUUGACGAUCUAAUGCAUUUGGCCAUAGAAAGCCAUGCCUGUACAGCCUUGUGGCAGUGUGCAGUCUAUAUGCUUGUGGGCAGCAGACCCUAUCCCCGUGGCAUGCACACAAAGCGCCAUAUUGACAAGCGUGUUCUACUUCCAUGUGACCUUCUGUAGCCUGCAGUCGCUUACUCAGGGGUUCCACAGUAAUGACAUAAAGAUCCACCAGCUGUCUAACGGGCUUUGAAGACUUUAUCCGUGACAGUGUCAUAGAUGUAUAACAUGAGUUGGGGGUCCUUCAUUGCACACUGGCCCUCCCCUGUGGAUGCUCCCAGUCCAACCCUGUCUAGACUAUCCUGCAGAUCAUUUGUGUGAUUUUUUUUUUUUUUUGCUACACAGCUGCAUUCAGGGAUUUUAGGGCAUGAUUAACCAGUCACGGGUGAGGCAUCUGGUGCAGGUAAUGCCUGCAUUGAUCUCUCUUCCCCAUUGUCUAUAUAUAGCCUUUACUGAAAAGGAAAAAAAAAGAAUGCCACUACUUUGCAAUGCAAAGUUUUCAGAAUUCUUGUAAAUUGUGAAUCCUUGUGUCACUUCUUCAUGGUGAAAAGUGUUACCAGCCAAGCUGUAUGGGGACAUGUGCUUGUUUUAAAUGUCUCAUAUAUUUAAAGUGUGGUCAGUAUCCUUCCUUUAAACAUACCCCUGGGCAGAGUGGACCCCUCAUUCCGUAGUGGGUUGUUCCAUAUCCCUAAGAUGGAUAGCCUCAUUGCACAGGUGAUCUCAUCCACAGAGAACCCCGUGUGUGUCCAUUCAUGGGGUAGGUGGAGGCAAUGGGGAAAGCUGUAAUCUAGACAGCUGAUGAGCCAGCUUUGUGGCAUGAGUAAUGUGUGGUUCCCGUGUGUCAUAAGAAUUUCACUAGAAUGUCAUUAAACAGCCCAACUACCUCAUGUGAAAUUGGCUGUGGACAAUCUGUAUUUGAUGAGAAAUGUGUUCAGAGAAAUGUAUUCUGGUUAAUAAGUUGAACAGUACAGUGUCUCUAUGAAGAAGAAACAUGUUAUACCAGAUGCCAAAGGCUAGACUAUACAUAGACUUUUCUUGGAUUCCUUUCUAUGUUAAUGUUUAAUUCCCAUUCUGUAUCCUCAUGAACAUUUGUAGUUUUGUAGAGCCAUAGGCUUUGAGUAUCUGUCACAGAAUCCUACAUCACCUCUUGUCCCUCGGUAUUUUGAGUGUACGUCAUAAUGCUGGUAGGAAGCAGUUAAACUACGAAAGCGUCAAACAGCUUGUGGCUUCUUAAUUUAAUGGACCUUUACUUAGAAAUGUACUGGAGCCUCUUAGGACCAAUUGUUGAGUGAAAAUCUUGUGUGCAAAUGUGUCUGCUUCUCUGUCCAAGUUGUUAUUCUGUAUUUCAUGGGAAAUGGGGCAGGAGAAAGGGGUUUAGUUCCUUUGGAGAAUGUUUGAAAACAUCUGUCAGAUUUUUAUAUUCAUUAGUUAAAAUAAACAUAUUUUUAGAGUA